AUGUCGGACGUCUGGACAACCCUCAUAACCAACCUCGACUACCUGCCCGGCCUACUCACCCUCAACUACUCCCUCGUCAGGUCCGGUUCGGCGUACCCCCUCGUCGCGCUCUACACCGACACCUUCCCGGCCAAGGGCCUCGCCGCCCUCGAGCGCCGCGGCAUCCCCGCGCAGCGCAUCGAGUACCUGCUCCCCACAAAAGGCCGCGACUACUCCAAUGACCCGCGUUUCUACGACUGCUGGAGCAAGCUUUCCCCCUUCUCUCUGACCCAGUACGCCCGCGUCGUCCAGCUCGACUCGGACAUGCUCGUUCUCCGCAACAUGGACGAGCUCAUGGACCUCCAGCUCGACGAUGGCGACUUCGCCGCCGACCAGACCCCCGGCGCCGCCAUCGGCGGCAGCCCCCGUUCCCCGACCCUCGACGACCUCGCCGUCAAGAACCCGAGCACCCGCGUCUUCGCCGCCGGCCACGCCUGCGUCUGCAACCCCCUCCACAAGCCGCACUACCCUCCCGAUUGGACCCCCGACAACUGCGCCUUCACGGCGCAGCACGCUAAUCCCCAUGCCGCCCAGCACACCGCUCCGGACCCCGUCUCCCAGUCCCCGCUGGGCUUCAUGAAUGGCGGCCUGCAGGUCGUCAACCCGUCCCGCCGGCUGUUCGAGCAGAUCGUUCGCCACAUGGAGCAAGGCGCCAUGGAUAUGGACUUUGCCGACCAGAGUCUGCUGUCGGACCUCUACCGCGGCCGCUGGGUCGCACUGCCCUACGUCUACAACGCGCUCAAGACAAUGCGCUGGCCUGGCGUGCACGACGCCGUCUGGCGCGACGCCGAGGUCAAGAACGUCCACUACAUCCUCGCCCCCAAGCCAUGGGACGAGAUCGACCCGCGGACGGGCGAGUGGACGGGCACCGACGAGUCGCACCGCUGGUGGGUCGACUACAACAGGGAGAGGAAGGCCAAGGAGGAGGCGAGGGGCAUCGAAGACGAGUUUUGA